AUUAAGCUUGGAACUUAGUAAUCAUGUUUGUUAAGGUUCUAGCCCUACUCUUGGCAUUCUCCGUGGCUGUGGCGAGCGUUGCUAUCGUUGGAGCCCCAUUCGAGGUAGACAUAAACUGUCCAGAUGUUCGAGAUGCUCUGCAGUUCGCAGUCACUCAGUAUAAUAAAGAGAGCAACAAACCAUACACCAGCCAAUUUGUUAAAGUGGUCAAGGCUCAGAAACAGGUUGUUGCGGGUGAGAAGUACAUCUUCACUGUUCUGAUGGUCAGGUCGUUCAACUUAAAACCUGGAAGCCAGUGUGCCAUGAAUUCAGAACCAGCGAUUUCACAACCUCAUGAAUGCACCCUUACAGUGUGGAGUAGGCCUUGGUUGAACAGCAUGAUCCUGACUGACAAUACCUGCUAAGAGAGACAUUCAGCAGCCCCGAUUCUUUCAAGAGAAUCAAAAAUGCUAAUCAAAUGUUGCUCAUUGUGCGCCAUUGUGCCACCUUAUAUAAAUAACUAUUAAUAUUAAUUUCUGCUUUGGAUUUUUUAUUCAAAUGUUUUAGGCAAGAUAUGUUUUGGGAACCCAUACACUCUAUAAGUAUUCGCAUGAUAUAAAGUUAAUAUUUUAUAAAUACAUAUAUAGAUAAAGACAUAUUAUUCACAUAAUAUAAAGUCAAAGUUUUUUUUGGUGUAAGGCUAUGAUUAAAGAUCAGCAUUAUCAUCUAGUUAGUGUGAGGAUUAGUUUAAAUUAGAUUAGAUUCAACUUUAUUGUCCCUGCACAUGUAGGUAUGUAGGUAAAAAUUGCAUAUAUAAAUAGUAUACAAGGAGGUAGAUUAGUUACAAUCUGUGGAAAUGAGCAAAUGAUUACAGGUGGUACAGUAAGGAAGGUAUUGUAUACCAUGCUAAAGA